AGUUGUCUCUCUGUUCUGAAUACGCAUACAUCCAUGGACAGGUGUCUUCAGCUAGGAAAAUCUGCAAGCUCUGUCAUCCCAAGAUGGCGAAAUGUGUCCGAGGAGAGGACAAUCCAACCGGUUGGCUAUGAAGAGAAGAGCAUGGCCACCGUCUCAAACUUCUGCAGUUACGGUAGCUUCGCCGAGCUGAAGGAUUUUCUCAGCUGUGCAGAUCAAGAGUUUCAAGAAGAUACUAAGGAGAGCUCUGACAGCAGGUGCCUCCAUGAGAUACUCGAGGAGGCCCAGUCCGACUCGCCGGUCUCCUUCUACUCACAUCUUGAUUCUAGUGAAGGAAGCGAUGACGAGCAGGCAGCUCCCCAUGAGAACGGGAGAUCAGCAAAGAUUAUGCCUAUUGAUGCAGAUUUCUUGUCAUCUAAACUCCAUGAAAGAUCAUGCCACAAGAAGAGUCUAACAUGGUGCACUUCUCCCGAAAAUGCAAUGAUAUACGCUCCUGAAUCUCCACUUUACCUUGUCGACGACAGCGAGAUGCAACCAAACUACUUACAGACAAGCAGCUCGCACGGUUCACUGAAUAAUCUGUCAAAGUCGGUCUUUGAUCUGCACAAUGCAGACUCAUACGCCGUUUCCAAGUAUUUUAACAAGGAUGACAUUGACAUGCCUCCACAAUGCACACCCAGGAAUGAUAUCAGAUGCUUCAGCAACUUCUCAACCAAAUUCAUCAAGAGAAGUGCUCUAUCCGACCUAGUCUCUCGAGGAAGCAUGAGUAGGAAAUUCAGAGCUUUCUCAAAUAGUGAUGACUGGAGCGAUAUUACCUCGCGCUGCGGUAACAGCAGUCAGGUUGAUUUCCUUGAAAGAUUCGAGAAGGCGGUAUCAAAACUGUUGGUCGCAGAUGGGCUAGAAAGCUGCCUAGAUGCCGGCUCAGAAGUCACAACUAUAUGGCAGCUGCUGAACCAUAAUUCUGAAGUGAGACACAAAUCAUCAGUGGGGCAAGACAUUCUUGAUCAACUGUUUGAUAGCAUUUCCACAGGAAAAAAGGAAAAAGUGAUCAGAGCAUCAGUAUAUGUUCUAGUGCUUAUGAUAUCUGAAGAUAGGAAUGUAAUGAGAGGCAUCAAGAGGAAAGACUUCCAUUUGACCAAUUUAGCCACUGCACUGAAGCGAGAUGUGCAUGAAGCUGCCAUUCUGAUAUAUUUGUUGGAUCCUUCUCCUUCAGAGAUUAAAAACUUGGAGCUGUUACCUUCACUUCUACAUGUGGCCUGUAAUUCUACCACUCAAAAAUGGCCUACGUUGCUCCCCCUGACACCAACAUCAGCAUCAAUAGCUCUCAUUGAGAUCUUAGUGACAGCAUUCGACUAUGUAACGAAUAAUGUCCACUUGGCCACCAUCAGUUCUCCUCCUAUUCUCUCUAAGCUUGUUGAUGUUGCAAAGAAUAACAACUUGGAAGAAGGUGUGGCCCUGGCAGCCAUUCUCGUCAGGUGUGUGCGACUUGGUGGAAACUGUAAGAAGUUCUUAUCACAGGCUACUCCAGUGGAACCUUUCCUUCAUCUUCUCAGAAGAAAAGAGCAACGUGCCAAGUGUGCGGCGCUUGAAUACUUCCAUGAGAUUCUUCAGAUUCCUCGGUCUUCAGCAAAUUCUUUGCUACAAAAAAUACGACAGCUAGGAGGAAUUGCCAUUAUGCAUACACUGAUGGCCUGUCUCCAUCAAACUGAACCUGAACAUCGGGUUUUAGCAGCUAAUCUUCUCCUUCAAUUGGAUAUGCUGGGAGAACCAGAUGGAAGGAGUGUUUUCAAAGACGAAGCAGUGGAGGUCCUAUUGGAGUCUCUAUCAUCUCAAGAAAAUUUGACUGUCCAGGCUCUAGCAGCAUCUUUUCUUUCAAAUCUUGGAGGGACUUAUUCCUGGUCGGGAGAAUCCUACACUGCUGCAUGGCUCUCAAAGAAAGCAGGUCUCACCUCAAUAUCGCAUAGAAAUAUGAUCAGAAACAUCGACUGGCUGGAUACUUGUCUUCAGGAUACAGAAAUAAGCCCAUGGAGCAAUAGAUUUGCACGAACAAUUGUAAGAAUAGGAGUACCAGCUAUCACUACUUUGGCAAAAGGAUUGCAAAGCACGGUGAAGGGAAUCUCACGUGACUGCCUUGUAUGCGCCGCAUGGCUUGGAAGUGAGCUGGCUUCCUUUGGUGAAAAUGAUGUAAGAUAUUUUGCUUGCGAGAUCUUGUUGCAUGACAUAGUGCGCCACCUUCAUCCGGGAUGUGAGCUUGAUGAAAAGCUUCUGGCGUGCAUGUGUGUCUAUAACUACACGUCUGGAAAAGGGAAGCAGAAGUUAAUGAGCUUGUCAGAGAGUUCACGAGAAUCUCUUAGGAGGCUUUCAUCAUUCACAUGGAUGGCUGAGGAGUUACUCCAAGUUACAGAUUAUUACCUCCCCAGGAGACCAAGUGUAUCAUGUGUGCAUACACAAAUCCUAGAGUUUGGUCAACCUGGCAAUGGAGCAGCAACUGCUAUAACAUUCUUUAGAGGGAAGCUCUUUGUUGGUUAUUUCGAUGGCACCAUCAGGGCAUGGGAUAUAAAAGGCCAGCGGGCAGUAAUCAGCAGAGAGGUUAAAGAGCACAAGAAAGCAGUCACUUGUUUUGCACUAUCAGAAUCUGGAGAAAAUCUCUUGAGCGGAUCGGCUGACAAAUCUAUUCGGGUAUGGAAAAUGGCACAGCGUAAGCUUGAGUGUGUUGAGAUGAUCCGAAUAAAAGAUGCUGUGCAGAAGUUUGGUAUUUAUGGUGACAAAAUAAUUGUGCUUACACAGAAAAAGGUUCUCAAGUUCUCUUGUUCAGCAAGAAGUACCCAGACAUUUUACAAGAGCAAGCAUGUAAAGUCUCUAGCUCUUUUUCAGGGCAAAGCUUACCUCGGCUGCGGAGACUUGAGUAUACAGGAACUAGAUGUAUCUGUAGAAUCGAAGAUCGAGAUAAGGGCACCUACAAGAAGCUGGAGAAUCAGUAAGCAAUCCAUUAGCUCCAUUGUAGUAUAUAAAGAUUGGAUGUACUGUGCUGGUUCUCAAGUGGAGGGAUCUGCCAUGAAGGACUGGAAAAAACGAUGCAAACCUGCAAUGACAAUGCCAAUAUCAAAGGGAACAAACGUAGAUGCAAUGGCAGUGGUGGAGGACUUCAUCUACUUGACCUGCAAUAAAAGCCCUAGUAUCAUCCAGAUAUGGUUGAGAGAGAAGCAGCAGAAAGUUGGAAGGCUAUCUGCAGGGAGCAAGAUAACGAGCAUCUUCGCCGCAAAUGACAUCAUUUUCUGUGGAACUGAAACCGGGUUAAUUAAGGCAUGGAUCCCUUUGUGAAUGGCAGAAAAGAGACAGAACAGAACAGAACAUUGAUAAAAUUGUAAAUGCAGCGUGUGUACAAAGAACAUGGAAAUUAAGGAAGGCAUACAGUUUGGGCGUACAAGGCACUCUCCAGCAGACACAGCAUCACAGAUAGUGUUUUUCCUGCUUCGCGGUUCACAAUGACUCAUAUGGUCGUACCUUCACAGUGUAAAUAGUGAGUGCUCCAAGACACUUAUUAUGGA